AUGGGAGUGACAGGCGUUUUCCCUUUUUUCGGUGUCAAAGAAGCCAACCGCACCAGAAUUGUGGACCAGACACGGGGCAAAAGAAUUGGAGUUGAUGUGUCAAUCUUGGUGUACCAACACGUAUUCAAGACACUCGACUACCAGCAGGCACAAUCACUGUGCCAUUUUUUGUAUACUGAUAAUGGGCGGCAGCACGACCUUCCUGUUUCUUUUUGGUCGAAGCUUCUUGACAAGGGAUUAGGCCUUAUACAGAAGCUUGCCGAUUCCUAUGAGGCCGAAAUAAUUGUGGUGCUUGACGGAGAGACACCACCGUCUAAGCAACACACCGUAGACGAACGAAAGAGGGCCUCUCUGCAGGCUUACACUGAUGCCGUGCAUCACCAAAUGGCACACGAAGUCCAUAAAUCGGAUGAGGCAUAUAAGAAGGCCAUUCGUGCUCCGAAAGAGUACCUCGGCCUACUUGCCAGGAAGGCAGUUGAGCAGGGCAUUCAGGUGGUUGUUGCCCCGUUUGAGGCAGACCAUCAGUUGCUCCACAUGGUGGCGUGCGGCGACAUCGCCUUCAUUUGGUCAGAGGACAGCGACUUCAUUGUUUAUGGAGGUCGGCAACUGCAGAAUUUUAUCGUUAAACCCACCAUCAACAGUGGCCAAGGCCUGGUCAUUACGUCAGCUGAUAUCUUCUGUGUGCACCAGCAUGAUACCAAGCGGGGCACAAAGUUGUACGACUUCACAUACUGGACUCACGAUCAGCUCUUGUGGCUGACAUGCAUGGUUGGUAACGACUACUGCCGGGGUCUUCACGGGAUCGCUCUAAAGAAAGGAUACGAGCUGAUGAUGAAGGCGGGAAGCAAUGGCAUGGCUGUAUCCAACAUCAACGACCUACUUGCUUUUUUAAGCUCUGCACGCUCGACGGAGCACCAAAAGGCUGAGCUGCAGAGUGGGCAACCAGACGGCCUCUCUUUUGAGGAUGGGGUCAGGCGUGCAACAUUUGCGAUGAAGCAUCAGGCAGUGUACAACGUAAAUCAGCAGGCAUUUGUCAACCGCCUAUCUUGUGGUGAUGCAGACACUACACCCGAUGCUGUUACUGAGCAAUGGGCAGGUAGCCCACAGACUGCCCUUGAACGUGUGACUGCAGCAGGAGCUUCACCCCACGGCUACGCACGAGGCGACAUGCUGCCUGUGCCACGUUGCUUUGCUGAUGUUGCCCCAAGUGUGGUAGUUAUGAUGACCCCAACAGGGAUGCCCACAGACAACUGGUACAUGGACGUCGAUGUGCUCAAAAAGGGCUACCGGGUUCCUUUCUUGGAUGACCUCACCUGUAACCAUCACUUCAGUCAGAAAACCGUGAGUGGCACAGCCACUCCACGUGGUGCUGGUGCAACCCUCUUCAAGGGGGCAAUAAGGGCAUCCAGCAUGCACUCUGCCAUGUUAUUGGAUGGGGGACGAAAAACAAGCUGUCGAUGUCCGUAUUCCUGUCCGGCAACUGCCCCUCCAUGGAAGAUCAGCAAAGGGAUUGAAAAGAGCCUUUCAAAGAGCAUACCCAACUACCGGAGAGUCGUCGGCAGCACAGGACAACCGUAG